CGAUGAGAGUUAACCUGGUUUUCGUCUAAUGAUUUUUAAUUUUCUUGUAACAAUUUGAAAUGGCAAAAUUUUAUAACACCGAGUUUAAAGAAGCAUUGAGAGAAAUUGCCGAGAGGGUAGCACAUUUUAAUUCACCAUACGAUCGUGUCAGAAUUGUCGAAUGGACUCGACAUCUCGCUGGAAUUCGUGACGAUACGAUUGACGAAGCAAAAAAUCGUAACGACUACAUCCAGUUGCUGAAAAUAAUGACACGUGGUGGUAGGCUGCAUGGAGUAUUUUUAAAAUGUCCACCCAAAAGUGGUAUACCCCCCUUGGCUGAAGCAAUGGCUAAUUUUCUCAGCGAUCAAUGUCCAGACUUACCAAGAGCAGGCCCGGUCGAACCGAUAGUUUCUAGGCAAACACCGGACGGAUGCGCUUACAUUGCAUUUAGAAAAAUACCGGAAAAGGGCGUUCUUUGUUACAUGGCCGUCAGUCCCGAUGGUCUAACGUUCGAAGACAGUGAAUCCGAGAACGAUCAAGACGAGGAGAAUCAUCAAAAAGAGCGCGAUGAGGGUAACGAUUCGAAACGAUCAACGAUUUAAAAAAUUGAUUUGAUUUCUUUUUUGUUAAUUUGUUUAUUUUUAUUCAUGUUUGUUUAUUUAUAAUCAUGUUAUCUUGUAUAGUUGAUCUUUUUUAAAGCCAAAAGUGCAAAACGGAAAUGUCCUUUCAUUGAACGUUGGAUGAA